GCCCAAGCUUCGGCGGCAAGCAGACCGAUCUCCCGGGCAAGCAAGGCAGCAAGCGCGCGAGCGAAAGGAAGAACGCUCUCAUCCCUUCCACGAGCGGAUCGAUCCGAUCGAACGGCACGAGACGACUGUAACCGCCAUCUGCAACUGAAUCAGUUCAUGUUUUUGCUGUUUCGGAGUGUCAGGAGAAGUAACCGUUUCUUUGGAUCUGCUAAGGCGCGAGAUUCAUCCCUUAGCAGUAAUGGGGUGCCUUAUGCAAAAAUUGAACUACCCAUUGUCCGCUCCAGCCAAUACCUGUCACAUAAAUUUCAACUGGGGGCAAUUUGGAGGUUAUAUUCCAAGACAAUGUCAAUUACAUUAUUUAAGAGAAAGGCACGUGUUCUUCCAAACAGAUAUAAUAGCAGGUUCUCCAAAUUGACAAUCGAUUACAUGGAUUAUCUUGCUUUGAUUGCAUGGAGAAGGCUUUCAUCAAUAUGUUCAUAUGGUGGCCCAACUUUCCGACGAAUCAGUGCACGUGCUAUCACUUUGGCCUUUUCAAGGUCACACUUUGCUCACAGUAUUUUUGCUUUAGCUGUUGGAAGGCGUACAUGGACACAGAAGACUUGGGCUGAUGAAGGACGUCUCCAGAAUGGAAGUAAUCUGUACACAAGACCACAUGAUCACCAUAUUUAUAUAUCGUCUUUCUUUUUUUCAGUCUUCGAGGGUGUUAUUUUGCUUCUAAGAGCAGUAUAUUUGGUCAUUUUGUUCACACCUGCCAUAACGAUGGCCCCAUUUUCAGAUUAUUUUGGCCCCCAGUUCAGGAAAGCAUGGCUGUAUGUUCUACACCUCACCCUAGAAACGGCUGGACCUGCAUUUAUAAAAUGGGGUCAGUGGGCUGCCACACGUUCAGAUCUCUUUCCCAGGGACCUGUGCACUGAGCUAGCCAAACUCCAAACUAAAGCACCUGCACAUAAAUUUUACUACACUAAAAAGGCUAUUGAAAGUGCAUUUGGCCGGAAAAUCUCUGACAUUUUUGAGGACUUUGAAGAGGUUCCUGUUGCAUCUGGAAGCAUUGCUCAAGUGCAUCGAGCAACUGUUAGAAUGCACUACCCUGGAAGGCAUUCGAAGCCCAUCAAAGUUGCUGUUAAAGUUAGGCAUCCAGGUGUUGGUGAAUCAAUUAGGAGAGAUUUCGUGAUCAUUGAUUUGGUUGCAAAGAUUUCCUACAUCAUUCCAACGCUAAAGUGGUUGAGACUGGACGAAAGUGUGCAGCAAUUUGCUGUUUCCAUGUUAUCUCAGAUUGAUCUUGCUAAAGAAGCUGCUUAUCUAAGUCAUUUUCUUUAUAACUUCCGUAGAUGGAAAGAUGUCUCCUUUCCAAAGCCUUUAUAUCCGCUUGUGCAUCCUGCUGUACUUGUAGAAACUUAUGAGCAUGGGAAGAGCGUUUCUCAUUUUGUUGAUGAACUUGAAGGAGAUGCUCGUACCAAAACUGCUUUAGCGCACAUUGGUACUCAUGCUCUUCUCAAGAUGCUAUUGGUGGACAAUUUUAUCCAUGCGGAUAUGCACCCGGGGAAUAUUCUUGUGCGAGUUUCUCAGCCUAAACAUACAAAAAAACGUUUGUUUAAUCCCAGGCCUCAUGUUAUUUUUCUUGACGUAGGCUUGACAGCUGAGCUUUCUAAGAAUGAUCACCAGAAUUUAUUGGAGUUCUUCAAGGCCGUUGCACUUCGAGAUGGCCGUACAGCUGCAGAGUGCACUCUUAGGUUAUCGAAGAAGCAGAAUUGUCCAGAUCCAAAGGCUUUCAUUGAGGAGGUGACUAGAUCUUUUGAUUUUUGGGGAACUCCUGAGGGGGAUGUCAUUCAUCCAGCAGAGUGCAUGCAACAGCUGCUUGAAAAAGUUAGGCGGCAUAGAGUGAAUAUUGAUGGAAAUGUUUGUAUGGUGAUGGUAACAGUUUUGGUUCUCGAGGGUUGGCAGCGGAAGCUUGAUCCAGAGUAUAACGUGAUGCAUACUUUGCAAACACUUCUUCUCAAAGCUGAUUGGGCUAAGUCACUUUCUUACACAAUUGAAGGACUUAUGGCUCCAUGAAAAGCCUUCUUCUACAAGCAAGCACUAGAAACCUAGUUAUCCAUUUGGUAUACCGUAAAGAGUGUCCAUGCAAAACCCCACCACCCACCGUAUCAAUAGCAGCAAUUAUGGGAGGCUUGCUUGCUGUUUUUACCUCCUUAAGAAAGCUUUUCUAGGCCUUGCAUGGAAAUGGUGGCCUGUUUAGCUUUGGAUUUGAUAGGCAAUUUCAUAUCGUAAUCCAGAUCUUGCUCAGGUAUUUGAAAUCCGAGGAGAUGUAGUUGGAUCUUGGCUUGAUUUAAGAUGUAUUUCACCUUAGAUCUGAGCCCAGAUUGGGCAUGGUCCGAUUUGUAUGUACCUUUCAUAAUUCAUUUCCUUAUGCUCUCUCUCAUAA